UCGUCGAUGUAGUCCACUUCCUGUUUCUCUGCCCUGGUUUCGCCUGAUCAGCUGCAUCAGCCCUCGCCAUCCGACGAAGACACCAUGUCACAUCAAACGGGCAUUGAAGCGGGAAAUGAUGUGAAGGAUAUCUUCGCCAGUGCCAGGAGUGGGGACCAAUAUCGAGCCCUAAAGAUCGUGAUUGAGGAUGAGCAGCUGACCCUAGGCUCCACCAGGAAAGCAUCAAAGAAGUGGGACCAGGAGUAUGAUAGCGUAGUGCUGACCCUCCUUGAGGAAGCCAUGCCCUGCUAUAUUCUGUACCGGCUGGACUCCACUAACAACCAGGGCUACGAGUGGCUCUUCCUGGCCUGGUCACCAGACAACUCACCUGUGCGACAUAAGAUGUUAUACGCUGCUACUAGAGCCACACUGAAGAAAGAGUUCGGAGGCGGACACAUCAAGGACGAGAUCUUCGCUACCGCAAAGGAGGACUUGACUCUCAGCGGAUACAGGAAACAUCUGACCUCGCUGGCUGCUCCCCUACCUCUCACUGCUGCAGAGGAGGAACUGAGGCAGAUUAAACUGAAUGAGGUGCAGACAGACAUCGGUGUGGACACCAAACAUGCGACUCUGCAGGGAGUGGCUUUCCCCAUGCACAAAGAUGCUGUCGCAGCACUCCAACGCUAUAGGGACGGAAAACACAACUACGUACAACUGGAAGUGGACGCUGAACAGGAGCUGAUUCGGCUGUGCAACACUGAGCCAACAGAGUUGAAAGACCUGCCAAUGAGAAUCUCCAAAGUAUCUCCACGUUACCACUUCUUCCUCUACAAACAUUCCCAUGAAGGCGACUACUUGGAGUCCACAGUCUUCAUUUAUUCUAUGCCCGGGUACAAGUGUAGCAUCAAAGAGAGGAUGCUGUAUUCCAGCUGCAAAAAUCCCCUGGUCGACAUGGUGGAAAGAAAUCUCCAGAUUGAGAUUGAGAAAAAGUUGGAGAUCGACGACGGGGACGAGCUGACCAGUGAUUUCCUGUAUGAGGAGGUGCAUCCCAAGCAGCAUGCACACAAGCAGGCCUUCGCCAAGCCCAAAGGGCCCACGGGGAAGAGGGGAUACCGCCGCCUCACCCGACCACCCGCAGAGGGAGAGGGGGAAGAUUAAACAGACCUCAGCAGCCAGGCCACCACCUCCACUCUGAGCACGUUCCACAGUGGAGCAUUCCUGUGAUGGGGGGGAGGGGGAAAUCAUAUUUUCACGCUUGUUUAAAAGAAUAAGACAACAUUCAAAAUUCCCGCAAAGUUCACCUAGAGAUCCAACUAUGCACGCCAAGGACAACUGAGCAAUGACACACGGCAGAGUCUCCAUUUGUAGCUUGCCAAAUGGAAGCGUAUUAAUGUGUGUUUAGCACAGUCACCAUAAUGAAUUAACAGGGAUUCAAAUCGGCUCGGGAAGAGAGAAAAAAAAAAAAAA